AGGUGCAGUUCUAGACCUGAAGGUGGCUCCUCCAUUCCGAGCUCCGGCCCCUCACAAACAGAGCGUGGGGCAACGCUGUGCAGUUACCAUGGAGACGCUGCUGGUGCUGGUGGUGCUGCUGGGCCUGGUGGGGUGCUCCACCACCCCUGAUGAUGAGCCUGAGCCGCUUCGUGUCACCGGUGUGUGGGUGACAGUGCCACGACAGCUUAGCCUCCGGGCUGAUACCAACCCCCUGACUGUCUCCUACUGGCUGGAGGUGCAGGGGAAGCCACAGGUCCUGCGCCUGCGGCCCAGGAAGGGCCUGGCCUCCCAGCCUUUCACUUUGGUCACCUAUGGCGAGGAUGGGGCACGUCGGGAGGAGCAUGUCUACGUUCAGGACAAUUGCUUCUAUCAAGGUGAGGUGCAGGGAAGUCCCGGCUCCCUGGUGGCCCUCGGCACCUGCGGCAGGGGCCUCCGUGGAGUGCUUUGGAUGGAAGGCAGCACCUAUGAGAUCGAGCCCAUCCCUGAUGAUCCAGCCUUUCAGCACAUGCUCUACCGCAUGGAGGCAGACAGCGACCCGACGGGCCCCACGUGCGGGCUGACCCCCACAGAGCUGCAGUACCAGAAGACUGUGCUGCCCUGGCUUCAGGCUCCACGCACAGAGGAGAAGUACAUGCUGAAGGACUGGUGGACACAUACCAGGUAUGUGAAGUUAGUAGUGGUCGUGGACAACGUGCGGUUUGUGAGGUCAGACAGGAAUGAAUCCAAAGUCUUGAGGCAAGUCCUCGAAGUUGUCAAUAUUGGAGAUUCUCUGUAUGACCAGCUUUCUGUUCAACUGUUCCUUGUGGGACUGGAGAUUUGGACCAAAGGCAAUCUUAUAAACAUUACUAACUCUGUAAACAAGGCACUUUCAGACUUUAACAAAUGGCGAAAAACAGACCUAUAUCCACGGAUGCGCCAUGACGUUGCUCACUUAUUUGCAUUUCAGGGCUUUGGAAAAAGCCUGGGAUUGGCAUAUCUGGGGUCCAUAUGUGACAGGCAGUGGUCAUCAGCAGUUGAUUCCUUCACCAACAGGAGGCUGUCUUCAUUUAUUGUCACAUUUGUCCAUGAGCUGGGCCAUAAUCUUGGGAUGCGUCAUGAUGAACGGCACUGUAAAUGCAGGCGGAAGAGGUGCAUUAUGUACGAAAGUGAAUCUGACACCGACGCAUUCAGUGACUGCAGUUACAAAGACUACUUUGACCUGCUUGGGAGUGGUGGUAGCUGCCUGCGUCAGUCACCAGCACUUGGCAGCUACUACACUCUGAAGCGUGAAUACUGUGGGAAUAAGAUAGUAGAAAGCGGAGAGCAGUGCGACUGUGGUUCAAAAUCAGACUGCAGAAACGAUCCUUGUUGUCACCCUAACUGCACGUUGACUGAAGGUUCAGUUUGUGCUUCUGGAAAAUGUUGCAAGGGCUGUCAGAUCCUUCCAGCAGGAACACUCUGCAGAGCACGUACUGGUAACUGCGACCUGCCGGAGUACUGCAAUGGGACCUCGCCUUGGUGCAACCCAGACCUGUAUGUACAAGAUGGAGCCCCUUGUGAAGAUGGUGCCUAUUGCUACAAAGGAAAAUGUUCUUCCCACAGUAAACAAUGCAAGCAUCUUUUUGGCAAACAAGCCAGGCCCGCUCCUUUAGAUUGCUUCAAAGAAGUGAAUAGUCGAGGUGACCGUUUUGGAAAUUGUGGUAUUCGUAACGGUAUUCAUUUUACUAAGUGCAGUGUUGAGGAUGCCUUAUGUGGAAGGCUACAGUGUGAAAACAUACCCAAGUUGCCCUCUUUGCAGAACCACAUAACAGUCAUCCAAACCCCUGCCAGAGGUAAAAAGUGUUGGGGUCUUGACUAUCACAUAGGGAUGCCUGUAGCUGACUUGGGGGCUGUGGAAGAUGGCACGACGUGUGGCAGCAACAAGAUUUGUAUUGACAGGACGUGUACCGAUAUUUCAGUGCUGAAUUAUGAUUGUAACAUAACAAAGUGCCAUAACAGAGGAGUGUGUAACAAUCUUAGAAACUGUCACUGCGACUAUGGUUGGGCUCCUCCAUAUUGUGAUCGGGAAGGAUUUGGAGGUAGCAUUGACAGCGGGCCCCCUCCAUCCAAGCAGAUUUUUCGGAGGUCAAGAAUAGGAGUAGUUGGCCUUGUUUUUCCUGUUGUUCUUGGAGUUAUUCUUGUCAUAUAUUAUAAAAAGGAAAUAGGGGAAUGGUUUAUGAGGAUAAGGCCUGAUUUCACAGAAGGAGUUAGUGGUUGUUUCAAAUACUGCAAAUGCCAGUAGUUGCUAUAUAACACCUACUGCUGAGACAAAAUCUACUACCGUGCACUUCGCAAAGACCAACAAAGUUCUGGCUUUGGAUGCU